ACCACCUCACCACUCCCGGUGCGAAAAGGCCACCCGACGCGUCGCAAAAAGCUAUGGCGGACUGCCUAAAGCCAUACACACCUGCAUGUUGCGCAGGUCCGUCGCCACGAGCAAGAGUUUAAAAGGCACCCCCCGGCCGCCCCACGCUUUCCUUUGACCGGUAAACGAAGCAGCGAGAACACGAUCACGAAGAGAGGAAGAAGGCGUCCCCAAGAAUACACUAGCCAAGAAGCACUCGUCCUCCACCUCCUCCGCCUGCUGCUGGAAGAAGUUGAUCGAUCGAUCGAUCGGGAUGUGGGAAGGAGGAGGCAUCCACGGGAGCCACGAGGCUCUCCUGCUCCAGGCCGCCGGAUCAGGGGCGGGCGACCACGGCCACGCCGGCCCGGUCCUCCUACCGCCGUGGCUCGGCUCGGCCACCGCGCCGUCGUACUCGUACAUGGCCCCCCACGCGCCGCCGGGGCCCUUCGGCGCCGAGGGGCCUUUCGGCUUUGGCGUCGGUGGGUACUGCGAGGGCGGCGACGAUGGGGGCGUGGGGCAGUUCGGGCUGUUCGGUCUGGAGCCCCUGCAGCAUCACGGUGUGCCCGGAGGCGGCGGGGCGGCGCCGCACGGGCCGAGGGUGGUGUCCGGGCUGCUGGGGACCCUGCAGGCCGAGCUGGGGCGGAUGACGGCCAAGGAGAUCAUGGACGCCAAGGCGCUGGCGGCCUCGCGCAGCCACAGCGAGGCCGAGCGCCGCCGCCGCCAGCGCAUCAACGGCCACCUCGCAAAGCUCCGCAGCCUUCUCCCCAACACAACCAAGACGGACAAGGCGUCGCUGCUGGCCGAGGUCAUUGAGCACGUCAAGGAGCUGAAGCGGCAGACGUCGGCGGUGUUGUCGGCGGGGGCGGAGGACGCGGCGCCAGCGGCACAGAUCCUGCCGACGGAGGCCGACGAGCUUGCGGUGGACGCGGCGGAGGACGGGGAGGGGAGGCUCGUCGUGCGGGCCUCGCUGUGCUGCGAGGACCGCGCAGGACUCAUCCCGGACAUCGCCCGCGCGCUCGCCGCGCUCCGCCUGCGCUCGCGCCGCGCCGAGAUCGCCACGCUCGGCGGCCGCGUCCGCAACGUGCUCCUCAUCACUGCGGACGAGGAGGAGGAAGGACAGGGCGAAGGAGAUGACACGGAAGGCGACGGGUGCGCCGGCGCCUCCCACCGGAGGCACGAGCUCGUCGCGUCGAUCCAGGAGGCGCUGCGCGCCGUCAUGGACCGCAAGGCGGGAAGCAGCGACACGUCCUCGUCCAGCGGCGGCGGCGGGAGCAUCAAGAGGCAGCGCAUGAGCGGCGCGCACGAACAAGGUUCGCUCUAGUGUGGUAACACUAGCUAAAGCAAGCUCCAUGGCUCCCUCAAUGCUAGCAUGAAAUAUGCAAGAAUGCAUGCAUGGCUAGGCUAGCGAGCAAAUGAAACUCAAUUCCAUUAGUCUAGCUAUAUAGUGCACUUCAAAUUUAGAGCUGGCUCUUCUUUUUCGUUGCUAUGGUAAUGGUGUGUGCAUGAGGGAAAGAGAAAAGGAAACAUGGGAUGCCCAAGGUAGGGGUAGAGUUUUAUGUAUCCCUUAUAUAUGUUUGUGUGCUUUUUUACUUGCUUAGCAUAUGUAUUUGGGAGAGGGGGUGAUUUGAGAGGCUGUUGAUAAACCUCUCAUAAAAUGGGGGUGAUAAGGGUGUACAUGUAUAUUCUCUGGGGUAUAAUGGAAGAUGGAAUUGGUGGGACGAUUGUUAAAUUUCAUCAUGAAUUUGCUUUCUUUUCAUUAUUGUUAUUUUCUCGCUUCGAUAAUGCAUUCUACAUGUUUGAAA